CUGAGCUGCGGGAAGGGCACCUUGGGGGAGAGGAGGGCGCGAGGCGUUGAGGCAGGGGAAAGUGACGAGCUGCCCGUCAUUGCCAGCCAGGGACGAGCACGCAGCCAUUCUCCCACCUGGCUGCCCACGGUCACUCAUCCGCAGAAAUGUCAGCCGCCAGCGUCCGGGGCCUUCAGGCCACCUACCACAGGGUCCUUGAUAAAGUGGAGCUCCUGCUGCCUGAGAAAUUGAGGCCGUUGUACAACCACCCGGCAGGUCCCAGAACAAUAUUUUUCUGGGCUCCAAUUAUGAAAUGGGGGUUGGUGUGUGCUGGAUUGGCUGACAUGGCCAGACCUGCAGAAAAACUCAGCACAGCCCAAUCUGCUGUCUUGAUGGCUACAGGGUUUAUUUGGUCAAGAUACUCACUCGUAAUUAUUCCCAAAAACUGGAGUCUGUUUGCUGUUAAUUUCUUUGUCAGGACAGCAGGAGCCUCUCAGCUCUUUCAUAUUUGGAGAUGUAACCAAGAACUAAAAGCUAAAGCAAACAAAUAA